AUGACGAAGAACUUGGAAGUUUUUUCAACUAGUGGUAUCAGCGAGUUGCCUGAAGAUUUGGUUUUGAAGAUAUUAUCAUUCUUUUCGAUAGAACAUGUUGUGAUGACAAGUCUCUUGUCAAGAAGAUGGAGAUCUCUCUGGACAAGAGUUCCAAGACUCAAGUACAAUGUUGUGGAGCUCAAGAACCACACUAGUUUUGAAAGAUUGAUCGACAAGUCAUUGCUUGCACAUCAAUCUCAUGUUCUAGAAAUCCUUUGUUUCAAAGUAAAUGUGUGGCAAUGGAAUAAAUACAUUGGACCGUGGAUUAGAACCGCGCUUAAUCAUCAUCAUUGCCAUCUCCGCGAGCUCGAGAUAGAUGCUUCUAUUGUUAAGACACUACUACCUCCUGAGUUGUUUACCUGCAAAACACUUGUUGUCUUGAAACUCAAAGGUAUAGUGAUCAAUGUUGUGGAGCCUCUUACAACAGUUUGUCUCCCAUCUCUAAAAACUCUGCACAUCGAUCGCUCGAGUCUAUUCGACUUUGAAUCCCUUCGAUUGCUUUUAUCCAGUUGCAAUUUUCUUACCGACCUUGUGGUUACAAGGAAUUCAUGA